GUAUGCCCAGAGACCACCGUGACGGAUCGGUGGAUCGGUGCGUGAGACGAAGAUCGAUCAAUGUCUUCGUCGGAGCCACAAGUGGUAGAGUCAAGCUUCGUAGCGCCGAGCGAGGCGACGCCGAGGAAGGGACUCUGGCUCUCUCCCCUGGACCUCGACCUAGCCAACAGAGGGCAUACCCCAACGGUCUACUUCUACCGCUGCAAUGACGACGCUGCCGCCUACUUCUUCGACGUGGCCAAGCUCAAGGAGGCUAUGGCCAUGGCCUUGGUUGCCUUCUAUCCACUCGCCGGCCGCCUUGACGUGGACUACGACGGCAGGAUAGAGAUCAGCUGCAACGGUGAGGGCGCGCUCUUUGUUGUCGCUCGCUCUGAUCGCACCGUCGAUGAUUUCAACGACUUCAACCCCUCGCCGGAGCUAAGGAGGCUAUUCGUUCCUCACGUUGCGCCGUCGUCCAUCGUCAUGGCCGUACAGGUGACUUUCUUGAAGUGUGGAGGGGUGGCGUUAGGAACAGCCCUCCACCACGCCGUCAUCGACGCCAUGAGCGCGUUUCACUUCUUCCAGACGUGGUCGGCCUUCUCUAGGGACGGCAACGGCGCUGCCGUGGAGCUCCCCUGCCACGACCGCAUCCUCCUCCGCCCACGGUCCCCACCUGUCGUCCACCCUGACACCCUCUCGGUGUUCUAUCCUAAGGUCAUCUUGUCCGAGUCGCCGGCCCGACCCACGGCCAGCAGAGUCUUCACCAUCUCCAAGGACCAGGUUGCCUUCCUAAAGCGCGGCCUGUGCGGCGGCGCAAGCACAUUCUGCGCCGUGAGCGCCCUCGUAUGGCAGUGCACGUGUGUGGCACGGCAGCUUCCGCCGGACGCCGAGACAUGCAUCAGCUUCUGGGCCAACAUCCGCCGCAGCGUGAGGCCGCCCCUCCCGGACCGCUUCUUCGGCAAUGCGCUCGUCGCCCUGUUCGCCGCUGGCGCGGCACGUGACAUCGCCUCGGAGGCGCUGGAAUCCGUUGCAGGUCGCAUCAGGGGCGCCAUCGGCCGGAUGGACGACGAGCUGGUGAGGUCCGCGAUAGACUACUACGAGCUGGCCGAGAUGGACAGCCGGACGCCGAAGGGCAUCCUGCCGGAGACGGAGCUGCGGAUGGUGAGCUGGCUUGGCAUGCCAGUGUACGACGUGGAUUUUGGAUGGGGGAAGCCGUGCGUGAUGUCGCGGGCGGAAUCCAUCCUCGGCGGGUAUGUGUACCUCAUGAACGACGGCAACAACGACGCCGUCCGCGUUCUCAUGUGCAUGGAGGCUGCAUGUAUCAAGGAGUUCGAACGACUGCUUUAUGCGAAGCUCUAGCCUUCAAUUCGUGCGGAAGCAGAAACACCGGUGUUUAGCUGAGGUAUUCAGCACGAUGGUAUUGAUCGAGGUAUACGAAUUUCUUGUGAGAUACUGUAUCAAAGUGAGUGAAACUUUUUCUUGGGUUUGCAUCUAGUAGCCGUGAUAAGCUCGAGAGGCAAUUAUCGAGAUGGGACUAUUGUAUCACUUUAUUGAAUAUGUAUUAUUCAAUAAAUGGUUAUUUUGUAUCUUGAAUAACUUUUAUUCACACCCAUCAGCAAGUACUGACUUGCUAGUGAAGCUUAUUGUUUUUUACUAUAA